UUAUCUCUAAAAUAUUCGGUUUAUUUUUAAACGAGAUAUACGUAAGGGGGGGUGGGCGUCUACUCUCUUGAUGCGUUCAGACUACAAAUGGAUUGUUGUCUUGCCUGCCUGCAAUCACCGCUGCAUAUUCCUUUCAAUCUGUAGCUGCCUGACAAAACUCCAAAAAGAAGACGAUCAAUCCAACUGAACUAGAGAAAACCCACUUCAUUCCGCUCUUUCUUUACUCAAUCACUCCUCUGAUGGCUGAGUUACAGCCGCCGGAAGCCCCACCUGACCCCGCCCCAACCACCACCACUAUCACUGCCGCCACUCCAAUAGUACCCGUUUCCUCCGAAAUCGACAACACCACCAGCAAUAUCGGCACAAGUUUAGGACCAAAACGCCAACGGCGGCCGAGUGUCCGCCUGGGCGAGAUCGGAGACCCACCAGCCACUAUCUCCAACGAUUCUCAUCCCAGACUACCCAAAACCACCUGGAAAUUUCAUAAACACCCGAGGUUAGUCACUAAAACCUCCAAAACUCGACCUUUGACCAACCUCGUUAACGGGGGUGAUAAUUACCAUGAUAACCUGGACACCAACACCACACACAACCUCGAAUUCGGUAGCCGAAUGCCCAAAUUGAAAAAACCUACAAAAAAAAUACGAACCAAUUUGGCGGCCGUAGCCUUGAAACUCGACAACGGCGGUGUCGUUGGGGAUAAUAGUAGACAAGACAAUGACGAUGGAAAAGCGUUCAGGGAAUUCGAAGCAGAGGAUUAUUCGGAGAGUCCGGUGAAAGAACAGAGCCCAGUUCAGUCGAUUGACAAUGCGGAGUUGGAUUUUUGGCAUCGGAGGCCAAUUAGGGCUAGGGUUUCCAAGAGUCGUGAUGAUGAGAAUGGAAAGCCGGAAUCGGAAUCUCGGGAGGAACGGAAAUGCGUGACAAGCAAUGAAGGAGUAAGAGAUUGGCUGAUUGGGCUUGGAUUGGGGCGUUAUGCGCCGGUUUUCGAGAUACACGAGGUGGACGAUGAGGUUCUACCCAUGUUGACAUUGGAGGAUUUAAAGGAUAUGGGGAUAAAUGCUGUUGGUUCGAGGCGGAAAAUGUACAUCGCCAUUCUCAAGCUUCGGAAGAGGUUUUCGUGAAGGGCAUUAACAAUUCAUGGCAGGAACAAAAAACUUCAAUGCAUGUCUGAGAAGAGGAGAGAGGUUUGAGUUUAUUAUUUUUGUACCUUUUUUUUUAGGAUUUAUUUGGGUUUUCUUUUUUCAC